AUGACACCACCACCACCUCCUCCUUCUCCUCUUCGGCGGAGAACCGCUCCCGUCCCCGUGUCCCGAUCGAAAAACUCCACACAACUCGACGAGAGAGCGCUAUGGUGUAUGCGGCCUUUGUGUAUGCGUGUGUGCGACACAGCCAGCUACCGUAACCCCGCUGCUGCUGCUGCUGCACGCGACACGGUUGACGAUGAAAAAAAGUGGUCGGAGCAGAGUUUGUUUUCGUCCUCGUCCUCCUCAUCGUCACAGCUACGGAAUAUGUUCGUUGAUGUUGGUGGUGGUGGUGGUGGUGGCGGUGAUGUUGGUUGUGCGAUGUCGCCGGGCAAAACACUCACCACCAUACACGGUCACCAACAACGUCUGCUGUACGAAAGCAAGCCAAAACACUAA